CUGAGAUCUGUUACGUGACCUGAGCUAGUAAUUGUUCCGUCGUGGGGAGCCUCUGGAGAAAGGAGAUGGGGGCAAGGAGAAUCAGAGAUGGUUCUUUGGUCGUGGGUGAGCAACAGGUAAGAAAGGAAGGAUGGAAAGGAAGGAUGUGACUUAGAUGAGGAUAAAACAGACAUUUCACAGAGGCUGAUGCGGGGUUAGCGGGUGUGCUAUCCGGCGUCGUAUCUGCUGAAGACAGCGAUGGCUACAAAGCCCGCAGCAACGGUACAUCCUUGAAUUUUUCAAAAGUCUGAACCCUCUGAAUUCUCUGUCCAUCUGGAAAAGUUUCCGGGUUUGAAGCUGUAAUCAGAAAUCCUCAGGGAUGACCUGAUCUGCUCUAUAUUCGAUCAAGCCAACAGUGACAUCCGAAGGGAUCUUCUCCGAUUUAACCAGCCCAGGACUAAGUUCAAUUUUCUGAUCAUUGCAACCAGGUAUCUUUGAGCAUGGAUCUUCCAACAACGAAUGUGGAAUUUGUACCAGAGAAGAUUGAAGAAGGCAAAGGAGGCCCAUCGUUCAAGUGUGAUCUUUCUGACACAACAAUAGUUCACAAAUUAGCGCAAGUGUUCAUCCCAGGAUUAGCAACUGCUUGUGUUGACAACACAACAGGUGGUAUGUUUAGGAGCCCCACUUCUGUAGCUGUUGAUACAAGAAAAGAAAUGGUGGACUAUCUUAUUCAAAGAAGUGAAUCCUUUGUUGCCGAAUCUGUUAUCUUAGAAGGUGGUCCAGAGGCGGAAGCAUCUGACCAUCCCUAUGAUAUUAUUUCUCAUUUUAUUGAUGACUUUGCAAGUUCAAAGAGGAAUUUUUUUAGUCGGGUUUCAGGAUGGCUACUGAGUGAAAAGAGGGAAGACAAUAUAGACGAUUUUGUUCAAGAGAUGGAGAUAAAUGGGUUUUGGUUGUUAGAUAGGAGGGAAGCAAUUGCACAGACUUUGCUCAAGAACGUUGACUUCAAGAAUGCAUUUCACUGCAACAUGAAAUUCAACACUUCAGAAGAGCUUGCUGCACAUGUUCAUUACUGCAGCUUUAGAUCUAUGUCUUGCACAAAUGAGGGUUGUAAUGCCAGAUUUUGCGCCAGCCACUUGGACAACCAUGAUUCAGUUUGUCCCUUCAAGAUGAUUCCAUGUGACCAAAAGUGCUCAAACAGCAUCAUGAGACGUGAGAUGGACAGGCAUUGCGUAACUGUAUGUCCUAUGAAGCUUGUGAGCUGCCCCUUAUAUGCAGUGGGUUGUCAAUCCACGAUCCCUAGCUGUAUGAUUGAACAACAUUGUUCAGAUACUAUUCAUUCACACUUGUUAUAUAUUCUUCAAGGUAUUCACAAAGAAGUAUCUGAGGAGGAUCUGAAACGACGGGUGGAGCAACUAGAAAAGGCAGCAUCAUCCAGUCAGCUAGCAGAAGCUCGAGAUUUGAGAUCCUUAACAUCAAAAGUCAAGGAUCUCGAAGCAAAGUUGGGGCCAAUUGAAGUUCACAUCAAGAAAAAAGAUAGUGAAGAGAAAUUGGAGAUUUCGAAAUAGAAAAGGCAUUGGAGAGCCCACACAAAGAACAAAGACAGUUGAGAGAGAAUGGAAACUUCAAAUCUAGCAAAUACUUCAAGCGAAGCCGAAAGUUCAAAGUUAGGCCUGGCAAUCAGGCUUCCCCACCUCCCCCUUUUUUUUGUUAUUUUUUAAAUCUGGAGAACAACUUCGCUUUUUAUUUUUCAAACUACUCUCGAGCAUUACUUCAUAAAUGGACACAGAAAACAUGGUGAGAUGCAUUUUAACAUUCAAAAUAGCUGUAUGACUCGAAUUGUUUAAAUGGAUGGAUCUUCUUUGGUGAGA